GAGCUUCGCGAACGUCGGCUCUUCCGUUCGCUUCCGGGCUGCGCUGAACCUGUGCGGCUGCCGUAGGCCGGGGGUCGGUAGCGCCGGUCAGGAUGGAAGUGAAUCCCCCCAAACAGGAGCACCUGCUGGCCCUGAAAGGUCCUGUUUCCCUCUGAUUUGGAAAGAGAGUCUUGUAAUUAUAAAUUACAUUCUAGCGCUGAGGAGCACAUCUAAGAAAUGUUCUCUUCAUUAAGAGUAACUGGAUUACUGCAGGAUGACUACAGAAGUAAUAUUACAUUAUCGACCAUAUGAGAAUGAUCCCACACAACUGCUAAAAAUUGCAGAGAAAGCAAUUCAAGACUUUCCUACACGUCCACUAACGAGAUUUAUUCCUUGGUUUCUGCAUGAUGGGUCCAAACUUCCACUCAAACCUAAAAGAUCACCACCUGUGAUUUCUGAAGAGGCAGCUGAAGAUGUGAAACAGUACUUAACCAUUUCAGAACACGAUGCUAAAUCACAGAGUUAUGAUUGCACAGUAGAUCUUUUGGAAUUUCAACCUAAUUUAAAAAAAAGGAAGCACUUAAUCCGGUCACAUUCACUGAAUGAACAGACUAAUUGUGGAAAUCUAGAUAAACAAUCAGAGAAGGGAAGACAGCACAAGAAGAGGUUUUGGAGUGUUUCACUUCCCAACAGUAAUUGUACUGAAAAUAUUUUUCCUUUGUCUAAGAAAUUGCAAGAUAGUUUAAAGGCACUGAAUUUGCAUUCACUUUACAGAGCAAGAUGGACUAUAGAGCACGCUAUUUGUAACAACCAAACUCUGGAAGACAUUUGGGCAAAACUCAAUCAAAUUAUCAGGCACAAUGAACUUCCAUCUUGUAAUGCAACCUUUCAGAGACACUUAGACCAAAUAUGGGUGUUCUGUGAUAUUAUGUACUGUGAAUAUGUGGGAAAUCUUCUUAAAGGAAGGUUAGCUCUUACUGGGAAAAUGAAUUUAUUCAUGCAUAAAUAUGGUGUUAUUUUUAGUAUGUAAUGAAUUUCACUGUCAAAGAGAAGAAUAUUCUGAAUAAACUGAAUAUGAUCUGAAAUAGUGAGAUCAAUAAAUUUUUAUGGGUUUUUAAAUUUUUCAUUUGACCCUUCACUAAUACAUCCUAUUCAUUCUUAAUAUUGUAAAAAGUUGUGUGGUAAUUUGUAUACCAUUGUUUUCUAGAAAUAAAUGUUUAUUAGAUGAGUUCUUAGACUUAUCUAUUAACUCGAGAAGCUUUCUGGGUUAUACUUUUAGUAGUCUUCUAAAUGAAUCGUGAUAAAUUACUUGUACCGAGUUUACAGGGAAAAUGUUCUAUUCCUUUUGUCCUGUUACUUUUCCAGUGGUUGAAUUAGAUAUUGCCGUGAAUGAUAGCAGAUAGUUUGGAUUUUGGUAAAGCCUCAAAAUGUAACAUUGUAGUGUUUUUUCUUUUUUCCUUUAAAGCAUAAUGAUUUUUUUUUUCAAGAAAUAAAACCAAUUCUAUUGCAAAUGUUA